AUGAGGCAGCGCUGGAAGAAUGCCCUGAUUGUGAAGCUCCUUGGCAAGAAAAUUGGGGUAGGAUUCAUGAAGAAGAAGUUGGAAUCAUUCUGGGCAAGGACAGGUAGCGUCACUGUCGCUGAUUUAGGGAAUGAGUUUUUUUCCGUGCGAUUCACUAGCUUGGAGGAUUUAAACUUGGCCAUCACUGGAGGACCAUGGGUAAUCUUUGGGCAUUAUCUAGCUACUAGGAAGUGGGAGCCAUAUUUUGAUCCAGAACAGGCUAACAUCCAUAAGGUAGCUGCCUGGGUAAGACUUCAGGGAAUUCCUCAGGAGUACUGUGAGUAUCCUUUCCUCAGUCAAUUAGGGACAGUAAUUGGUAAAGUCCUAAAAGUGGACAAGACUACUUCAACUGGUGAUUGGGCACGAUUUGCUAGGGUGUGUAUUGAAAUUGAUUUGGCUAAACCUCUGAGAGGAGAGUAUAUUUUGGAUGGAUGUCUGAAGAAGGUAGAAUAUGAGGGGUUGUUCCUGAUAUGCUUGAGAUAUGGUCGUUAUGGUCACAAUUCAGACUCUUGCCCUGACUUUGCUAAACCAGUCCCUAUGGCAAACCCUGUUCCAGUUCCUGAACAACCAGUUGAUAUUUCUGGGGUGCAAGGGGUAGGACUGUGGAUGGUGGUGCAACGUAGGAAGAAAGGUGGUCAAGGCAACAAGAAGGCCGAAGUAAGCUCUAAUAGAUAUUUUGGGGAGGAUUUAUCCAACAAGAACUCUAAGGUAACCACUAAGAAAAGUGUGUCAGUGAUCAAUUCUCAGAAGAGUAUGCCAGUUAAUGUGCCUACUGUGGUGCCUCCUACUAGUUUGGUGAAUAAGGAAAAUCUUUCCUUGGAGAGUGAGACUCUGAUUCAAGACCAGGGAAUGAAGUUCUCAGCAAAGGCAGCUAUGCCAGUUAGGAAACCUGUUGGAUCAAAGCCUUCGGUGGCUAGCAGUAGGAAGUUGUCUUCCAAGGCUUAUGCAGUUAAGGGCAAGGGGGUAACCCAACCUAUAGCUCCUGUUGUAGAAGACAGUAGCAGCUCAUACCUGAGGGAGCCAAUUAUGGAUUAUUCUCAGGGUCCUGUGGAGAUGCAGAAAGGAAAGCUAUGGGGAGAUUCGAUGAUGGCAGUGGAUGCAUCCUUGGUGAAGCCUGACCCUAACCAAUCAGAAGCUCUAAGGCACUCUGCCUUGUUGCUUAAGGAGAUUACUUUGAAGGACCCAGACCCUCCUGAUGUUGUUUUGAGUGUGACUACUAGUAAGAUUGGAACUCAAUCAGGUAUGGAGGUUGACCAGGCUAUUUCCUCUUCGAAUUUAGUUUUGAAUUGUGUGAAUUCUGAUGUUAUUAUAGAAUAG